AUGCUGGCCAUCUUGAGCCUACCCUGGGUGCUCGCCGCUGUGCUCGGCGUCGCCCAGGCUUCUCCAACGAACGUUGUCGAUGUCGAUCUCCCCGAAGCCGCAAAGCCCGCAGCCCCGACGAAGACUUUCAUCCUCACUCAAGAGGACGUCGACGCCUACUACGAAGAGAACAGCAUUACUAGCGUAGUGGGAAUGAAUGGAAUGGACGAUAUCUCGCUUUCAGACUUGGAUGACGCUCCCGUCUACAACAUCACCUGCCCCGAAAAAUGGCAAGUCUAUUAUUAUAAUUGGUGGCCUUUACUCAACACGAUGUGCCGCACAAUAACCAAGAUGGGAGGAGCUUGGACGGACGGGCCAUGGACUGGCGUCUUCGGUGGCAAUCAAGCCAAAAUAGACAGAGCUAGAAAAGUCACCUUCGACUGGGUACAGACGGGUGAGGAUUGUCAAGGAAGCUGCGUGCAAGUCUUCAGCACUUUGCGCAACGCGGGUUCGUGCCGCGGCGAUGAGUUCUGGAUGCAUGAAAAGAUUAACAUGAACUACGAGGGCUGCGGAAUCGCAAAGUUCGAGUAUCAAUAUCAGCAACAAGGGGUACUGGAAAAUGGAAGAGGAGAAUGCUGGAACACCAAGGAUUACCGGCCGACAUACCUGCCCGUGAAAGCAAUUGUCAAGGAUUUCUGUGAACAGUCCAUCAAGACGAUCCGACAGCGAGGAGCCGAUCAGUUCGUCAAGGACGUUUCACGUGGAAAGGACGGACACUAUUUCACGAGUUAUAACCGCCAGGUCGACGAUGCGUUGAACAAUACCGAGCUGUACGAUGUCGGCAUGAUUCACUUCUGGAUCAAGCCGAGGAACAAUACUAUUGCUUGUCCUGCGGGCAAGACCGUUCAAGACAUCAUCGAGGAUAAAGUAGACGGGCUCAACGAGGCGAUGUGCCAGCAGCGAAUCUUGUCUAUCGAGAAUAUGGACUGUGGAGCUCCCCUGGGCAAAAGCGAUGGCGGACGCUUGUUUGCAGACUGUUUCGAGUGGGGAGUCGAAGCAUCUGGUUACAAUGGCAUCGACAUUCUUGAUUAA